AUGUGGAUUCUUUUCAUUUUUCUUCUGGGUGCCGCGUCAGCCACAAUCCAAAAAUCUUUUUACGAAUGCCCGGAACAUCAAACAAUCACUCCGAAAUACCCGAUCAACACUGAUACGAUCUACACAUUUCCAACCAAAGCUUUCACUCAAUUUCCAUCGAAUUCUGCGUGUGCAUGGCUUAUCAACAUUCCGUGCAACUACACUGUCAUAGUCCAAUUGAAAGCUACAAUUCCCGAUGGAGGACAUGUCACUGUAACUCAAACACCGCAUCUCAAUCAGACGGAAAAAUUUAUCAAAGACAUGGAAGUGACUCGUUUCUUCUACCCGCCAAGCUUCGAUAUUUUCUGGUAUCCUGGACCUUCGGACGGUGGAAAUUUGAAAUUCAGUCUUCAAUUUCAGCUGAUUGAUAAUGAUGACACAUGA